AGCAGUAGCAUCAGUACAGUCAGUUCCAUCGUAGCCACUCGGAGCAAUCAGACACUCAACUCGCACUCAUUCAACAUGAAGUUCCUCGUUGCGAUCGCAGUCUGCGCCCUGGUCGGUGUCUGUGCCGCCGACAGCUACGGCAAGCCGGCCUACCCGGCUGCCCCGGUAGCCCACACGUACGCUGCCCACGCCCCGCACGUCAAGUGCGGCGCUAACCUGCUGGUCGGCUGCGCCCCCAACGUUGCUCACGUGCCGUGCCACCCUGCCCACGGUGGCCACCAGGAGUACCAUCAUGCGCCGGCCCCGGCCUACCAUCACGCACCGGCCCCAGCGUACCAUGCGCCUGCCCCGGCCUACCACGCCCCGGCCAAGAAGGAGUACCAUCACGCCCCGGCCCCGGCCUACCACCAUGCGCCCGCUUACGAGGCGAAGAAGGAGUACGCCGCCCCGGCCUACGAGGCACCGAAGAAGGAGUACGGCCACCAUGCUGCCCCUCCCAUGCACCACGGAUACGAGGCCAAGAAGCCGGCGUACGGCGGAUACGGCAAGCGCUCCAGCGACUUCGAGGCUGAGAUGGAGGAAUAAGCAACAGCUGCGGCAGCAGCAGCAGCGGACAGUGGCGGCAUCGUGCGGCAUAGUGUGAUGUUUCUAUUUGUUUUUUGUAGGAAAAUGAAGAAAAAGAUAUGAAUAAAAACCAAGGCUUUAUUAGAGAAACAAUUGAAA